AUGGAUACACUCAGCGGUGUUCAGCAGCUGGAGAUCCUCAAGUGGCUGUUCAUUGAAGAAGUGGUUUACUACUCAGUUCACUGGGUGAUCAAAUCAGCUUUCCUCCUUUUCUACCUCCGUCUUUCGCCAAGCCCUACUUUUCGAAUAGCGGUAUACAUUGGCGGCGCUUUGAACGGUGUCAUCCUGAUUAUCAACAUUCUAUUGGCAUGCUUCCAAUGCGUUCCCUUUGAUGAGAUCCUCCACCCAGGCACGCAUCCAGAUGCUGUCUGCAUCAGCAAACUCGUCCUUCUCAUAGGGCCUUCCAUCCUCAACAUCUUGGAAGACUUUUACAUCCUCAUCCUCCCUAUAUAUACCGUCAUGAAUCUCCAAAUGUCGCUUCGACGCAAAGCUGCAGUACUGGGCGUCAUGGUCUUUGGCAGCAGUUCCGUCAUCAUCGCAUGUUUCCGACUCAUGCCCCUCCUCGAGCUCAACGACUCACCGGAUACAUCAUGGGUGCUGGGGAAAAUGGUCAUUGUCGCGGCACUCGAAAUACAAUUUGCGAUCAUUGCGGUCAACCUGCCGAGCCUCAAGGCACUGUGGACAAAGUUUGGGGGCGGAAGUUCAUCUGGAUCGGGGCCUGGCGGAGGCAGCUCAACCCAAAAAGGCUACAAGCUCUCAUCGCUUGGCCAGAUUGUGACUAUCGGUUCUGAAGCAAAAGGACCGCGGGGAACGAGAUGGGGGAAGAAGGCUCGCAGAGGGAGCAUCACACGGUUGGAACAAGGCGUCACAGCUACUGAGUCGGAAGAAGAGCUGUGUCGGAAGGGCGGAGCGACAUCACAGACAGGGCACUUGGCACAAGAGGGCGACAUUGGCGCUAUCACGGUUACGAAGGAUUACGAUGUGAAGAGUUCAGACUGUUCAGGGCGCAAGGAACCCGCCGGCAUUACCUCGGACUACUACUUGAAGAGUAUGUAA